UGGUGAAGCAGUCUGCAGCUAUGCCUGAACCCGCGAAGUCCGCGCCCGCUCCCAAAAAGGGCUCCAAGAAAGCCGUCACCAAGGCCCAGAAGAAAGACGGCAAGAAGCGCAAGCGUAGCCGCAAAGAGAGUUACUCCAUCUACGUGUACAAGGUGCUGAAGCAGGUUCACCCUGACACUGGCAUCUCCUCCAAAGCCAUGGGCAUCAUGAACUCCUUCGUCAACGACAUCUUCGAGCGCAUCGCCGGCGAGGCGUCUCGCCUGGCGCAUUACAACAAGCGCUCCACCAUCACGUCUCGGGAGAUCCAGACGGCCGUGCGCCUGCUGCUGCCCGGGGAGCUGGCCAAGCACGCCGUGUCCGAGGGCACCAAGGCCGUCACCAAGUACACCAGCUCCAAGUAAAACUGGGGACCUGGGGGUGCCUGACGUCUCAAUACACAAACGGCUCUUUUAAGAGCCACCUACUUGUC